AGAUAAUUAGUGAAAAGGUUCUACAGUUCAAAAUGAAUACUCCAUCACCCAAUGUAAGGCUGACCAGAAUUUCCGCAUUGACUUUCCGAGGACGUCAAAUUCUGCUGCAGAGGAUAAAUUGCGUGUGUCGAGGGCCUUGUUUACUUCAAUCCUCUGUUUCUCUGGUCGAGAUUUUUGCUAUUUGGUGUAUUUUUCGAGGGUUCAUUGCUUGGGAUGGCUGAAUAGUAUUCGAUUAUCACAAUCUGUUGAGAGCGUACCGUCUUAAUUAUCAUCUUCCAUUGAUCGCUUCUUCUUCUUCGACGCGUUUCCCUUGCAGAUCGUUUCUGACAAGUCGCGACGCGUGGAAUGUCCAUGAUCUAAUUGAAAGGGGAAUAUUCAUGUGUGAAAUCAGCUUGAAUUUCAUUCAAAAUUAGUUGCCUUUAGAUUGGGGAAAAUCUUUUGCAGAACCAGAGAAUUAACUACCGUGAUUGGAUGCAAGUGUGAGAGAAAUCAGUCGAAUCUCCAGUUAUGACCUGCCUUUCUUAUUUGUGUUGUCGAAGAUCGGCAGCAACCGAAGAUUCAGAACUUCAUGAUGUUGGAUUACACGCGGAGCUCUCAGGAGUCCCCAAUGUCAAUCUUUACUCAUACAAAGAACUGAGGAUCGCUACGAAUGAUUUCAGUCCUGCAAAUAAAAUUGGGGAAGGAGGAUUUGGUUCUGUUUUCAAGGGAAACCUCCGGAAUGGGGAAGUGGCAGCCAUAAAGGUUCUCUCAGCUGAGUCGAAUCAAGGAGUGAAAGAGUUCUUGACAGAGAUUCAAGUGAUUUCAGAAAUCGAACACGAAAAUUUAGUGAAGCUUUACGGCUGCUGCGUUGAAGGCCAGCACAGAAUCCUCGUAUACAACUAUCUUGUGAACAACAGCUUAUCGCAAACGCUUCUAGGCGGAGGCCACAACAGCAUCCAUUUUGACUGGAGGACGCGGGUGAAAAUCUGCAUCGGUGUGGCGAAAGGACUUGCAUAUCUUCAUGAUGAAGUUAGGCCGCACAUUAUCCACAGAGACAUCAAGGCAAGCAACAUACUUCUGGAUGAAGACUUGAGCCCCAAAAUUUCAGAUUUCGGUCUUGCUAAGCUCCUCCCCGCCAGCAUGACUCAUGUCAGCACGCGCGUGGCAGGAACAAUAGGUUAUUUGGCACCCGAGUAUGCGAUAAGAGGGCAGGUGACACGUCGAGCAGAUGUUUACAGCUUUGGAGUUCUCCUUAUCGAAAUAGUCAGCGGAAGAUGCAAUACCAAUACACUAUUGCCGGCAGAGGACCAAUAUAUUCUCGAAAGGACAUGGAAGCUUUACGAGAAGAAGGAAACGGUUAUGCUAGUCGACUCAUCACUGGAUGGCGAUUUUGACGCCGAGCAAGCAUGCAGAUUCUUAAAGAUCGGUCUACUCUGCACACAAGAUGCUCCCAAGCUUCGACCGUCUAUGCCAACAGUCGUGCGAAUGCUUACUGGCGACAAAGACGUUGAUAAAAUUAUGGUGUCGCGACCAGGCUUGAUCUCGGAUUUCAUGGACUUGACGACGAAUAGAGGGGCGCCUAAACCCGUGCAGGACAUUAUCAAUUCGUCGAUCGACGACUACUCUUCCAGCAACACGACACGGACUUCGGCACCUUAUUCUCAGGAGAACACCAUGUUCAAUCAGAGCUUGUGAAGUAGUCAGGUUCCGCCAUGGAUGAUUAUUUUGUUUUGAGUUUAAUUUGUCGCUGGCUUUGUUUGAUCUGAAUUGUCUUGUUUCCCCCCUUACUGGUUUGUAUUGCACGUUUGCAUUUGGGGACAUGAAAUUGGCACAUGAUAUGAUGUCA